AUGCUGCAGGUGCAAGGUGUGGACAGACUUCGAGUAGCGGACGCCAGCAUUAUGCCCACCGUGCCUUCUGGCAACACCAACGCGCCCGUCAUCAUGGUGGGCGAGCGGGCCGCGGACUUCAUCAAGCGGCGAUGGCUCACAGGCGGAGCGGCGAGCGGUGCUGGUGACUCCAACGCGCUGACGGGAAGCGAGUCGCGGCACAGCGCUCGCCCUUGGCCGCAAGCGCAACCGCUGCCCGAGUUUUUCGGAUACUACAAU